AUGCAGCCAGCUCAGGGCAUGGUGUCCUUUGAGGAGGUGGCUGUGUACUUCACCCAGGGGGAAUGGACCCUGCUGCGCCCAGCCCAAAGAACUCUGUACAAGGAAGUCAUGCUGGAGAAUUUUGGCAACGUAGCCUCUUUGGGACCUCAGAUUGCCAAACCUGACCUCAUCUCCUGGCUAGAGGAAGAGGAAGAACUGUUUCUCCUGAUCGCUGAUGAAGAGGAGGGACUGGCAGGAGACUCAUGGGAGUCAGUGAAUGAAGCAAAAGAACAUCCAUUCAGGGAGAAAGAGAAUACGUCUUCAGAUGUGAAACAGAAAAUUCAUACAAGGGAGAAACCAUAUAGAUGCCUGGUGUGUGGGAAAAGAUUCAUUCGGCAUUCACAGCUUACAGUCCAUCAAAGAAUUCACACAGGGGAGAAACCCUAUAAAUGCCUGGAGUGUGGGAAAAACUUCAGUCAAAGAGCACAGCUUACUUCCCAUCAAAGAACUCACUCAGGGGAAAAACCAUAUAAAUGCAUGGAGUGUGGGAAAGGUUUCUGUAUGAUUGCAUACCUUACUUCCCAUGAAAGAAUUCACACAGAGGAGAGACCAUAUGGAUGCCUGGAGUGUGGAAAAAGAUUCUUUCGGAGUUCACAGCUUACAGUCCAUCAAAGAAUGCACACAGGGCAGAAACCAUAUAAAUGCCAGGAGUGUGGGAAAAGAUUUCGUUGCAGUAGCAAUCUUGCUUCCCAUCGAAGAAUUCACACAGGGCAGAAACCACAUCAAUGCCUAGAAUGUGGAAAAAGCUUCAGACAUCAUAACAAUCUUGCCUCCCAUGAAAGAAUUCACACUGGGGAGAAACCAUAUAGAUGCCUGGAGUGUGGAGAAAGAUUCCGUCUGAGUUCACAGCUUACAGUCCAUCAAAGAAUUCACACAGGGGAGAAACCAUAUAAAUGCCUGGAGUGUGGGAAAAGCUUCAUUCGAAGUGACAUGCUUACCUCCCAUCAAAGAAUUCACACAGGGGAAAAACCAUAUGGAUGCCUGGAGUGUGGGAAAAGAUUCCUUCGGAGUUCGUACCUUAGAGUCCAUCAAAGAAUUCACACAGGUGACAAACCAUAUAAAUGCCUGGAGUGUGGAAAAAGCUUCAGUCAUAACAUUCUUGCUUCCCAUCAAAGAAUUCACACUGGUGAGAAGCCACAUAAAUGCCUGGAGUGUGGUAAAAGAUUCUGUCGGAGUGACACCCUUACUUCCCAUCAAAGAAUUCAUAUGGGCGAGAAGCCAUAUACAUGCCAGGAGUGUGGGAAAAAAUUUAGUCAGAGUUCACAGCUUACAGUCCAUCAAAGAAUUCACACAGGUGAGAAACCAUAUAAAUGCCUGGAGUGUGGGAAAAGCUUUAGUCGGACUACCAGCCUAACUUCCCAUCAAAUAAUUCAUAUGGGCAAGUAA